UAGAGAGAAGGCGGGCUCAAGUAAGAAAAUUAUAAGGUCAUUGGAAUUAUCAGCGCGACAAGCCAUCGUUACAAUGAAGCGAUAACAGAUAAUAAUGAAAAAUGAAAUAAACGGGGGCAAAGUCUACCAAAGAAGCUGCGGUAGGUAAAAGGCAAGGCGUGCGGCCGUUACACACCGGCGCGUGCGUCUCAGCUCAGGUAAACGCGGUGGAGGUUUCGCUUAAGCCGAUCAAGGUGGGAUCGUACGGAACAGGUUCCCAUUCUGCCAUUAUACACACGUUAUUGUGACCACGGAGACCAAUAUUAAGGAUGUUGCGGUUGGCGUGCUCCACGGCUCUCCUCUUCGUUCUCCGGCUGUUCGCCGGCCUGUCCUGGUUCCAGGUCCUACCAUCCAUUCUCAUUUUCUAUCUUGGUUCUGGAGGAUGGAAGUCCAUUCAUGUGUUUUCAAAGACCAUAUAUCGUGAUUUGCAUGCAGCCAGUGUGUUGCUGAGAGUAAAGCUGAAUGUCAAAAAGCACCUACGUGAGCGCAACACCAUUCCCAAACUUUUUGCCAAGUCGCUCAAGAAAUACGGUGACAAGACGGCUCUGAUUUUCGAAGGAACGGGCGAGAAAUGGAGCUUCAAGGAGCUUGACGAUUACUCCAACCGCGUGGCUAACUGUCUUCUCCAGAGGGGCUUCAAGGAAGGCGAUGUGGUGGCUCUGUUCAUGGAGAACCGCUCUCAGUACGUCGGGCUCUGGCUGGGCAUGGCGAAGAUCGGAGUGGAGGCGGCGCUCAUCAACUUCAACCUUAGACUGGAGGCCCUGGUUCACUGCGUCAACAUCUCCAGCGCCAAAGCGGUGGUGUUCGGCAGUGAGCUAACAGAUGCGAUGUGUGAGGUGCACAGCUCCAUGGGAAAGACUGUUAAGCUGUUCUGCUCUGGAGAAUGGGACCCAAAGAGCGUUCCUGAAGGGACGGAGCAUCUAGAGCCGCUGCUGGAGGCGACACCUACAAACCAGCCCAGACAACCAGAUCGCAGCUUCACAGAUCGCCUUUUUUACAUUUACACGUCAGGAACCACUGGGAUGCCAAAAGCUGCUAUCGUUGUACAUAGCCGGUAUUACCGCAUGGCUGCCUUGGUGUACUAUGGUUUCAGAAUGAAGUCUGAGGAUGUGCUUUAUGACUGCUUACCACUUUACCACUCUGCAGGAAACAUAGUGGGAGUUGGCCAGUGCCUGAUCCAUGGAAUGACUGUAGUGAUCAGGAAGAAGUUCAGUGCAUCAAAGUUCUGGGAUGACUGUAUCAAAUACAACUGCACGAUCGUACAGUACAUUGGCGAGAUCUGCCGCUAUUUGCUGAACCAGCCAAAGAAGGACUUUGAGCGCCAACAUAUGGUCCGCAUGGCCCUCGGAAACGGCCUUCGCCAGUCCAUCUGGGAGGAGUUCACCAACCGCUUCAACAUACCACAGAUUGCAGAGUUCUACGGCGCCACCGAGUGCAACUGUAGCCUGGGCAACUUCGACAACAAGGCGGGGGCCUGUGGAUUCAAUAGUCGGAUCCUUCCCUACGUCUACCCCAUCCGCUUAGUCAAAGUGGACGAGGAGACCAUGGAGCUUAUCAGAGGACCCGAUGGAGUCUGUAUCCCAUGUGGUCCAGGAGAACCUGGUCAGUUGGUUGGCCGAAUCAUUCAGAACGACCCCCUCAGACGAUUCGACGGCUACGUCAAUCAGUCAGCCACUAAUAAGAAGGUUGCCCACGAUGUCUUCAAAAAGGGAGACAGUGCAUAUCUGACAGGUGACGUGCUGGAGAUGGACGACUAUGGCUACAUGUAUUUCAAAGACCGCACAGGAGACACGUACCGCUGGAAAGGAGAGAACGUGUCCACCACCGAAGUGGAGGGAACUCUGAGCCGUCUGCUGGACAUGAAAGAUGUGGUGGUGUAUGGAGUGGAGGUGCCAGGUAACGGCACAUUUCUCCACCUUUUCUGUUUGUUUUUAUUCUGUCUUUCUACCAUUUAUCCUGUUUAAGAAAAUGUUGGCUAA